GUCUUUUCUUGACUAAACCAAAAACAAGCCGACUUCCUUAAAAUCUCUCCUACAUAAACCCUAGAAACAACCACACCUCCACCCACAAAUUCAGGAGAAGAAACCAAAAAAAAAAAAAAAUGAGCGCAGGUUUCCUCAAGAAUGGCAACAAAGCACACAUCUACAUCAACACCAUAUGGAGAAAACACUCGAUUUCCGAUUCACUUGGAGCUCCGAUUACCAGAACCCCUUUCCAACAACCCAAAGCUUCAUACUCCCGAUUUUCUCAAAGAAAAGUGAAAGACAUCGAGUUUUCUGUUCCAUUUCCGACCACCAAUACACAGAGCGUAUCGCGUUUUUCGUCGAUUUCAAAGAGUGCGUUUAUUGGAUGGUAUUUGGGUUUGAUUAAAACCCGACCCAUUCUUACUAAAAGCAUCACCUCUGCUCUUAUUUAUACUGCUUCUGAUUUAUCCUCUCAGACAAUUACUCGAUCAUCUUCAGAGUCUUACGAUGGUAUAAGAACUUUUCGCAUGGCUGGAUAUGGAAUGAUCGUAUUAGGUCCAGCCCUACAUUAUUGGUUCAAUUUUGUAUCGAGAAUCUUUCCAAAUCGUGACCUUAUAUCAACAUUCAAGAAAAUGUUCUUGGGUCAGGCGAUAUUUGGACCUGUUAUGACUGUCGUGUUCUUCUCUGUGAAUGCAGGCAUACAAGGUGAAAAUGGUAGAGAAAUUGUUGCUAGAUUGAAGCGAGACUUGAUCCCUACUAUGAUCAAUGGUGUUAUGUAUUGGCCUGUUUGUGAUUUUAUCACAUUCAGAUUCGUCCCUGUUCAUUUGCAGCCAUUAGUGAGCAACUCAUUUGCGUAUAUAUGGACUUGUUACAUGACAUACAUGGCAAGCUUAGAGAAAGCAGGGAUCAAGUAACAAAAGUGGUAGUUCUGGUGUUACAAUUGUAGGAAGUUGGAGUUGCAGAAAUGGCAGAAAUGUUGCAUUUAUUUUGGUCACUAAUUGAGAAUAUGAGACCACAUGUGUAGAUUUAGGCUGGAGCUAUUAGAGCUAUCAAGUUGUUACAUGUUGAAAUCAAUUCUUAUAGUAAUCAUACCUCCAUUUACAG